UCGGACUCGGGGGCUUUCUGCAGCCGGCGGGGCAGUAAGGCGGACACAGCCUCCGAGAGCGCAAGCAGCAGCGCCCCCACAACCCAGCCCGCCAGCCAGCCUGGAGCCCGGCCUGCCCACGGUCGCGAGUCCGCCGUCCCCAGCGCCCCCGCGCGCCCCGCAACCUCCCGCCCAGGGAGCCGAAGUCCCGCAUUGCGCCCCGCCGCGCCACCAUGUCCUCGACGGAGAACCCCAGCCGCACGUCGGACAAGUCUCCGCGCCCGCAGGUGGACCGCCUGCUCGUGGGACUGCGCUGGCGGCGCCUGGAGGAGCCGCUGGGCUUCAUCAAAGUUCUCCAGUGGCUCUUUGCUAUUUUCGCCUUCGGGUCCUGCGGCUCUUACAGCGGGGAGACGGGAGCCAUGGUUCGCUGCAACAACGAAGGCAAGGAUGUGAGCUCCAUCAUUGUCUUGUUCGGCUAUCCCUUCAGGUUGCACCGGGUCCAGUAUGAGAUGCCCCUCUGUGAUGAAGACUCCACCUCCAAAACCAUGCACCUCAUGGGAGACUUCUCUGCCCCCGCCGAGUUCUUUGUGACCCUUGGCAUCUUUUCCUUCUUCUAUACAAUGGCUGCCCUGGUCCUCUACCUGCGCUUCCACAACCUCUACACAGAGAACAAACGCUUCCCCCUAGUGGACUUCUGUGUGACUGUCUCCUUCACCUUCUUCUGGCUGGUUGCUGCCGCUGCCUGGGGCAAGGGCUUGACUGAUGUCAAAGGGGCCACGCGGCCAUCCAGCCUGACCGCAGCCAUGUCCGUGUGUCAUGGAGAGGAUGCAGUGUGCAGUGCCGGAGCCACACCUUCGAUGGGGCUAGCUAACAUCUCUGUGCUCUUCGGCUUUAUCAACUUCUUCCUGUGGGCUGGAAACUGUUGGUUUGUGUUCAAAGAGACACCGUGGUACGGACAGGGCCAGGACCAGGGCCAGGGCCCCAGCCAGGAGAGUGCCGCAGAACAGGGGGCAGUGGAGAAGCAGUAAGCAGCUGGCUACUCCCGAACUGGACAGCACCUCUUCAUCUCCUCCGGCUUCCACAGGACCUUCCUCCUCCUCCAACUCCCUUCCCCCGUCCUUCUGGUCUUUGAGAUUUGAGACAAUGGAUGGGUAGGCAGGCAUCAGCUAUUGGUUACCUGGGCAGCCCUCCACUGGCUCCCUCAUCCCACAUCCUGCUGAAGCUGCACAUGGCCUGGAACUCGGUCCUUCUUGUCUACCUGCCUGGACUCAGGUAUUUUACUGGGCUUUAACAAUUUGUGCCCUCAAGCCUCCGAGAGAGAGCCUGUGCUUGCUGCAGGUGAGGGCAAGAACCUAGAGUCCUGAUACUGGUCUCUAAAAGCUGUUCUCUGUUAUCCUUUGUCCAGUCUCAGUGCAGUGAGGAGGGGGAAGUCAGCUGGCAGCCUUGCCCUGAUUCCUGUCUGGAGAGCCCAGCAGUGGUCGGAUAACAUCUCCCCAUUGCUGUCAUCUAGUCUCUGUAUCUUAUCUCUAGCCCUGCCCCCGCCCAGCCCCAAUGUGCUCCCCAGUCUCCUCUCUGGCCUCUCUUUGUUCAUAGCUCCCACAUGUGUGAAACAGGGAGACCCAU